AUGGCGGUGAUGGCAGUCCCACCUCACACUCCAUGUGCCUCCUACCAAACAUUAGACGUGACAUUCUUGAAUACCAGUUGUGAGUCAACUAUUACAUUCGCCGUUGAUAACGUCAAUGGCUAUGAUUCAAUCGAGUUCAGUCCACAAUUGAUCACAACAUCAUUUUUGAACUACUCGAGUUUCAUCAUCUACUCCACCGUCACACCGGGCAUGUACAACUUGACGGCCACCAAGGGCAAGUGCAUCAUGCACACCAUGCUCGAGAUUGCCGUGCCCUCCAUCGUCAUCACCCAGCCAAAGUGCUUUGGCGGCCCACUCAAGAUCAACGUCACUGGCUACAUUGGAGACGUCGCCUACCAUGUGGACAACGCCGACCCCGAGACCCACAAUGGAUCAUUCGUCUUUGAGAACGUAUUGUCCAGUGCCAUCUACCACUCGCUCAACAUCAGGAUUCCAAACUCUCCCUUUCCACAAUGCUCCGUGCCCUUCAACUACGACCCAACCGCCAGCAUUGCCCCCAAGUUAGUCAUCACCCCACCCUUGUGCACCCUGGACACUGGAAUGAUCGCUGUGACCAACUUUGCCGAGUUCACCUCGCUCACACUCAAGAUUGGUGAUGGUAUGAACAUUACUGCGACCGCAGCUGGUGUGUUUGAGGACCUUAACUUGCCUAAUGGUUCCCCCAACUCAUUCGUGAUCUAUGCCGUGUCUGCCCAGUGCUCGCACACGAUUGUCUACCCUGGCAUUCUCCUCCCCAGGAUGCCAUCCUUGCACUUGAGCUCCAGAUCCUUGCCCUGCAACAACACUUAUGGUCUCCACACGUUCACCAACAAUGAUGCUGGCCCCUUGCCCUUCACCAUGGCCCUCCAAGACAGUCCAAUUCUACUCGGUGUUGAGUACGCCAUCCCCAGAGGCAGAUUGCCCGUCACCUUCUCUGGCUGCCAUGACCCAAUCUUCUACGACUUUAGAAACUACUUCAUGCCAGUGACCCACACCAUUGGAGAAAAAGGCCAGUACCCGACUUGUGAUGACCACGCAAUCGCCACCGUCUCCUACCCCGGCGACUACGCCAACUUGAACGUCUCUCCCAACCCCCUCGACUCGAACCAUCAGAUCAGUGUAUUCAAACAAGAGGAGUACACUGCAACGUCCCAAUGCUAUGCCCUGACCAGCUACUUUGGCUACCCAACCUAUGGCCCCAACUACAUAAUCAACUCCACCGACUUCACCUGCGUUGGCGUGUACCAAGUCACCGUGUUGAACUACGAGAUGUUCGACUCAAUCUCCAUCAGCAACGUCGUCACCACCAUCAAUGCUGUCAAUGGAGUGAUGGAUGGACUGUACCAGUCUGCAGGCUGGGUCCUAACCACCGUUGAGAAGGGAUGCACCGGUGCCUCCACCCAACAAAACUCAGUCAAACUCCCAAGUGUAGCAAUUGAUGAAUCCUUAGUCACCUAUGAGGUUUCCAACGUCACUCAAGCACCUGGCGCCACAUGUCUCUCUGACUACUCUGCCACCAUCCAUCCAGUCUACAAGGGUGUCAAGUCCUUGGUAGGCACUUUCAUUCAAUUCAACAACUCCAACAAGGGCUUCGUCCAUCAGGUUGCCUUUGCAACCCAACAUUGCAUCCCUCAGCCCUUUACCUACAACACCCCAGCCCCUGCAAAUAAUGCAAAGGCCACUGUUAUUGAGCAUGCCAAGUGUUUGCAAACAUAUGGAUUGGUCAACAUAACCUUUGCUGAUAUGUUGUACACUUUAUCGUUCAAUGGCACAGGCGUGCCAGUACUGCCAUACGGCACACCAUAUAAGAUGCCCGUCGGUACCACCACCAUUCAUCUGAUCUACGACCAAUCAUUCGAUUGUGAGGAGACCAUCUCUGUGACCAUCAACCCAAUCGACACCACCACCGUCUUCCGCCUCAACAUCACUCCACAAGAUUCGUCCAACUGCAGUAAUCCCUCUGCCAGGAUCUCGUUCACCAACCCAUGGUCCGAGUUCAACUGGGCCACCAUCGAAGGCGAGGGCCCCAUUUUCUUUGACAACGCCACUGGUGUGUGCGUGACCGGAUCGACCAGGACUACACUCAAGUUUGAUCACAAGACCUGUGGCGAGGGCCAGUUUGCCGAGUCCAUCGUAGUCCCCACCGACAACCAUGUAACAAUCUCCUACAAGCCCAUCUACAAGUCCAGUUGCGCCAGUCCAAUCGACAGCAACACCAACGCUGGCUCAUUGUCCAUCGUGCACAACAAUGGCAUGAACAUCACAGCCGACAAUGUGUAUGGUACCACCGAUUUUAACCUCAUGUACAACAGGGAGACUGGUCUGAUGUAUGGCUUGCCACCUGGCAACCUCAGCGCCACCGUCCAGAUGGGCUACUGCAACUGGAACUUCAACUAUGUUCAGAAGUUUGACACCAAGCCAGUCUUCAAGGUCAACAUCAUCCAGAUGCCAACCGCUGGAAUGUACAAUGGUAUUGCCCAGAUUGUCAUGUUGCGUCAGGAUAUCUACAUCGUGUCCGUCCAGGCUUCCAGCGGCUACUCCACCGCCGACCGCAGCCAGAUCAUCGGAUGGAACUACUCCCCAGAGAGCCCCAUCAUGACAUUCUCCUUGCUCGAGUUUAGAGGAUGUCGCUACCAAUACAGCGUCAACCUGACCAGCCAAGUCACUAUCACUGAGCCAAGGUACACGAUCACCCCGCCAACUCAGUGUGGCGACAGAAUGUUCAAGGUCCAGUUCGAUCAGUUGAGUUUGCAGACCUUUGAGAUCUUUGCCGCCGUGACUGUCCCAGAUGUCAAUGGAGUGGUCUUGGUCGAUGUGUCCAACAAUGACAUGUCGCUCAGGUACCGACCCAGGUCCAACCCAUUCUUGCCACCAAUCGAGUCCAGUAUCCAUGAGUUGCAAUUCUGGAUGUCAUCAUUUGGCUCGCCCAACGUCCAGUACACCAUCACCCCCGAGACAUGCUAUGGCGCAAGGGAUGGAAUGGUCACAAUCUUCAACACUGACCCAUCGCUCAUCUAUGUGCUGUUCGACACCGAGUCAGACUACCAAGCCGACACUUUGACCGGUGAGAACACAGUCAAAUUCAGAUUCCUCACCAAUGGCCAAUACCAAGUGUCCAUCUUCAACUCCACCAACUCAUACUGUGUGAAAAACUUUGUGGUCCAGAUCCUUGCCAACGAGCCAUCGCUGGUCAUAGCCGCGCCAAACAUCUGUGACAAGAACAAAGCCUCUUCAUCCAUCUCGCUCAGCGUCCUGCCCGCCACCCUCAGCGCCACCUACACAAUCAACGGCAACAACGUCUCAGCUGUCACCAACAACGUCGCCCCAGGUACCUACACUGUUGUGGCCACCAUCUCAUCAGGUGUUUGCUCGCGUAUUCUCAACCAAAAGGUGGUGAUCAAGCAGAAGUACCUCAACACGGACCAGACCAUCUCGUUCCAAUGUGGACAGCUCACUUUCUACCUGCCAUCACAUCCCGAGGGUUAUGAUCAUUUGACCUUGAUGAACAGCAAGAACCAGGCUGUCUCUGUUGACAUUGCCACCAGUUCCUUCUUCAACUAUAUUAACCUCGACACUGAUUCAUACCGUGUGGUGACCACUGAUCUUACUGGAUGCCAGGUGUCCACCGCUCCAGUCCAAGUGACAUCAUGCAAUCCACCACCAGCCACCACCUCGUCCACGACAUCCACCUCAACAACCGGACAAUCUACGACCACUUCCACAACCACCUCAGAGUCAUCGACCACAACCACCACUGGCACUCCAACCACGACAACUUCGACAACGACUACUGGCACCACCACAGGACUCAACAGCUCAUCAAGAAUCAAUAUUCCCGCACUCCUUCUGGUCAUUGCGGCCCUGUCAUCAAUCAUCCUAUUCUAA